AUGGACAACAAGCGCAAAGCGAGCGGCGUCAACGGUCACGAGCCCGCCGCGGACACCCCAGAUCGUGCCUCGAAACGAAGGAGGCUGCAAGAGGAAUUUGGCGACUUGUCGCAGGGCGAAACCCCCGAAUCGACCACGGCGUACGGUCUUAACAUCCUCGAAACCAUCCGAGCCACCACAGACAAGAAUGGCCGAGCAGUGGCUCCCUUCUUCGAGGUAUUGCCUCCACCGGAGACCAACCCAGACUACUAUCGCAAGAUCCGACUCCCGCUGUCACUGGACAUCAUCGAGCAGAAGCUGCUGAACCACCAAUACUCCAAGCUGUCCGCUCUCGAGGGCGACUUCAAACGGCUCGUGUCGAAUGCCAAGGAGACCAAUGCGCGCCAGUCAGAGAUAUUCGGUGACGCGGAACGAGUGAGAAAGGCAGUUAGCAACUUGAUGGUCAAGUACAAUCCUGCAUACAAGCUCGGCAACUACCAAGCAACAGCUACGCCACUGCCCUCCGAAGGUGGCCGCGAUGCGCAUGGCGAUAUUAAUGAGAUGGCUGCGACUCCAGUACCCAACCGGGUACGGAUAAAAUCUCGCACUCAGCCACAGCCCAGACAGGUCGAGCCAGAAGCCGACGAUGAGGAUGCCGAGGGCGAAGACGACGAUGACGAGGAGGAAGAUGCGGGCGGCCGCUCAGCAAGGAGGAAGUCUUCCAGUCGCACCUUGAAGAUCACUACAUCAAGCGCUCAGAAGCAAAUUACUCGGAACCCAGCGGCAGUUAAGCACGACACUCUCUAUGAAAAUGUGGAUUAUAAGGGCCUCAGCUUCCAGCAAGCCCAAGAGAAAGUCGUUGAGGAGAUGAUUAGGAAAAAGGACGAAGGCGGAGACUAUCAGCUUUUCGAAGUCUUCAUGUUCCUCCCUGCACGGAGCCUGAAAGACUACUAUGAAGUCAUUGCGGAGCCCAUGUCGGUCAAGAAGUUCCAGAAGCAGGUCCGGGGCUUGCACGGCAGAGGCGAUCCAACGUGGGUGAGCGACUUCAAGACAUGGACGGCAUUUGAGGAUCAGGCAAGCCUCAUCUGGAAGAACGCAUACCACUAUAACGAGGACGGCAGUGACAUUUUCACGCUGGCACAAGAGUUUGAGGAAUUCUUUUAUGAUCAACUAAAGCAGGCGAAACUGCAUGCGCCAGAGCCUCCGGCGCAGCCCAAGAUCAAGCUGAAGGUGUCGCAGAAUGUCGAGACCCCGACACAUCCCAAGAAGAUUACUAUCCAUGUUGGCGGCAAGUCCAGCGCUGGGGCGUCGCCAGCACCUGGAGCAACCUUGUCAAGCGAGGCUGGACUUGUCCGUAGCGGCACGCCCCUGGGCCAAACGCCUUAUGUGCCGUCGGGUCCCGGUUCCUUCAACGGAGGUCCGCUCGAACGCACGAGGAGUGCUGCAAAUAUCACGGGCUCGCCAAGCCCGAGCCUGAGAACAGCGCUCAAGGCCGAGACGCAUGGGCAUCAGUCACCCGGAGUGGCGCAGAACACGACUCUGCACACUUUUGCGCCACACCCGAGCGUGCUGCGACACGACUCGAACGGCAAUCUGCCCAUGGGCUCAGCGUCAGCGCAAGCUGCCCCACCGAGGCGCACGGCGACUGAUAUCCUAGAGUCGCAGAAGUACAGACUGCGGCCGAUCAGCGACUCUGCAGCACUGAUGAGCAAGCUUGUCAUCAACUCUCACCCCGGCCUGCCCGUGGACAACAAUCUCCACGUGAGCUUCCCAGCCAGUGCGACAGAGUUUCAGCAGGACAUUACGGUCAACGCGCCGCCCACGCAUUUCCGGCUGCAGCUGCGACCACACAUUGCCUCGUUCCUGGAAGCGGAGCAGCGGGAGUGGAAGCUCCACGUCAUGCAUGACCAGCAGCGCCUGUACCCUAGUGCUCCGUAUGAGAAGCGGAACGAGCCCGUGUUUGACGCCACGAUGCGCUACGGGGCCAACCGCAUUGAGGUCUCGCUUGUAGCGGCGCUGCCUCAGGGCGAGACAGGACCCAACGGGCUUAACAUGGAACUGGAAAAGUUUACGAUCAAUUAUAAUCUUCAGCGAGCAGUGUUGUAG